CUCAGAACGGAGAUUGAGAUACAGAGAAAAGCAACUGGUACAAGUGCUCAGCAGAAGGAAAACAGAAGAAGUGAUGGAGCACUCCAAACAGAAACAGUACGGCUCCAGCGAGAACAAGGAGACCGGGCACAGCUCAGUUCUGAACGGACACUUUGACGGGACAGUGAAGCGGCCGGCCGCGGGACCCUCCCUCCCUCCGGCCGCUGAGUCCGGCUCGCAAAGGCCGGUGAUGGAGAGCUGGAGGGAGGAGCGCACCAGGAGCGUGGAGGACAACGAGAUGAGCCUGCCGUCCCUGGCCGCCGCUUACACCACCAUCCUGAGGGGGCUCGGGGAGGACCCGCAGCGGCAGGGGCUCCUCAAGACCCCCUGGAGAGCAGCCACCGCCAUGCAAUUCUUCACCAAGGGCUACCAGGAGAAAAUCAUCGCAGACGUGCUCAACGACGCCAUCUUCGAUGAGGACCACGACGAGAUGGUGAUCGUCAAAGACAUCGACAUGUUCUCCAUGUGUGAACAUCACCUGGUGCCCAUCUUUGGCAGGGUUCACAUCGGUUACCUUCCCAACAAGAGAGUUCUGGGCCUCAGUAAGCUGGCCAGGAUUGUUGAAAUCUACAGCCGUCGACUACAAGUUCAGGAGAGGUUGACCAAACAAAUAGCUGUGGCGAUCACAGAGGCUCUGCAGCCAACCGGGGUUGGAGUGGUCAUCGAGGCAACUCACAUGUGCAUGGUGAUGCGAGGCGUUCAGAAGAUGAACAGUAAAACCGUCACCAGCACCAUGUUGGGAGUUUUCAGGGAAGAUCCAAAAACCCGUGACGAGUUUCUGACGCUGAUCAGGAGCUGAGAACAACAAGGCUCCUCUUCAUCCUCCUGUUGCCUGGGGUUACCUCCACCUGCACGGAACAGCCGCCGUGCCACCUGUGUGUGUAUGUGUGUGCGUGUGUGUGUGUGUGUGUGUCUGUAAGUGUGUGUGUGUGUGUGUGUGUGUUACCAUCUCACUAACAGUAGAGUCCUGACUGUGUUUUCCAUCCUACUCUUUGUAUUGGUCAGAUAAGAUAUCAGAAGCGUUAUCGCAAAGUGACAUGUUUACUUUUAAGCUCAAAAGGACAAACUCCACCCCACUUUGGUCCAUGUGAGUUGUCUGUGCUCAUUCAUUAAAUAUCAGUUGUUUUGCUCGAAAUACAGGGGACAGUUUUAAAGUAAGAAUCCAGCCCAAAAAAGUAAACAAAUAACAUUAGUCUUUUGAACUUCAUGACAUGAUGUUUAUAAGCCCUUUACAUAAAGUACAUUUGCUAAGUGAUGUAAAAUAUCCUCACUGAUCCUUACAAAUAGCUGGAGACACAUUCACAAAACCUCGUGAGGCCAAAAUGAGCUCCUAACUGUCCGUGUUACAAAAAAAAAAUCUAAAAUCUAAAAAAUGAUCAACUUUUUUAUUCAGAAAACAUUUUCUGUAAGAGAUGAUGCGUCUCACAAAUACACAUUAGAGGACUAAAGGCAAUUGUUACUGUUGGAGGGUUAAUAAGAUUACUUAAAAUAAACCUAUUUAAAACUGACUGAACCUGCAGUGAAACAUCUGCAUCUGAGAGAGAAAAUUGUAUUCUCAUUUUCAAUUUACGUUUUUAUCAAAUGAUAAAUAAUAUCACGGUCCUGUGCGUGGACCUGCCUGUAUGUGCCAACUCACCUCUUUAUGAAUACUCACCCUCUUAAAACAAACUGAAACAUUUAGAUUUUCUCAAGAGGCAAAUGAAAUGUGUGUGUGUGUGUGUGUCAGUGUGCAUGUGUGGUUUACUGACUGUUUUUUCACGUGUAGCAUACUUUUUGCCUUUUAUUGCGUCAUGAUGUCCUCAGACUGAUUUUGGAAGGUUUUAUUUCGUGUAAUGUGGUGACUGAAGUUAAAUGUGUGUUUGUGUGUGUAUGCGUGCAUGUGUGUGUUUUCAAGGAAAGAUGAGCACUAACAAUCGGCUCUGAUGUUGUUGUUUUUGUGGCCUUGUUAAGAAGAACGGCCUGUGUGGCCCCUUCACCUUCAUUGUCACUGUAUGUACUUUGUUCAUCCCAGAUACUUUUUAAUCAAAUCAAAUAAAUCUCUAUGUGACAGCAGGAA